GAGAACUAUAGGGAAAUGCUGCCAGAUUUUCUUUAGAACCAAACUUUACAAGUAGUUAUUAGUGAGAUAUGACAUUCAAGAAUGGGUUAGGUUGGAGUGAUAAGGACCUUAUUGGAUCAUCCGGAGUUGCAUUUACAUGAUAUAAACUUUGAAUGAAAAUGUUUGAUGCCUUAUAUUCUUGUUUAUGGUUAAGGAGCUAUAUAUGUUACAAAAUAUACACAUUAUCUUAAAAUUAAUUUUGUUAUUCAGUGGCUGAAAAUGGAUCGAAGUUGGAUGUAUGGUAAACGAAAUUGUACAAGUUUUUUACGAGGAAUUGAAGAGUUUAGCACUGUUGCCUUAAAACACCAAAUAGAGAAUAAAUCAAAGAUUAUUCUUUGUCCUUGUUGUGACUGUAAUAAUUCGAGGGGAUAUCGUGAUAUAGUUGAUAUUAAAGAUCAUCUAAUUCGUCGUGGGUUUAAAGAAAACUACACAAGGUGGACAUGGCAUGGUGAGAGCAUAUAUAUUGAUGCAAGUUCUAGUUAUUGUCCAAGGGAAGAUGAGAAUCACUGUGAUGAUGAUAAUGAACACCAAGGUGAGGAUAUCGAUACAGCUGAUAUUGGUGUUGAUAGUGAGAGUGAAGUGGAGAAGGACAGGAUAGAUGAAAUGAUGCAUGAUGUUGAAGACCAUUUCACAGAGUGUCCCCAGACAUUUGAUAGUAUUUUGAGAGCUGCAGAAACCCCGUUAUAUCCUGGUUGUAAAAAUUUCACUAAACUUGGUGCUAUUAUGAAGUUAUUCAACAUAAAGGCGAGCAAUUGUUGGACCGACAAGGGUUUUACGCAGUUGUUAGAAGCCUUAGUAUAAAUGUUUUCCCGACGGGAAUGAACUUCCAAACUCCACCUAUGAGGCCAAGAAACUUAUGUGCCCCUUGGGUAUGGAGUAUGAGAAGAUACAUGCUUGUCCCAAUGACUGUGUGUUGUAUCGAAAUGAGUAUGCUGAUUUGCAUGAGUGUCCAAGGUGUGGAGUUUCUCGUUACAAGAUGAAUGAUACUAGUGAGUUGUGUAAGAAAGGGUCUCCGGCUAAGGUAUUAUGGUAUCUUCCAAUUAUAUCGAGAUUUAGGAGACUCUUCUCGGAUGAAAAAACUGCAAAAUUAUUGAGGUGGCAUGCUGAUGGGAGGAAGAAAGAUGGGUUAAUGAGGCAUCUUGCUGAUUCCCCGCAAUGGAGAAACAUUGAUCGAAAGUUCAAGGACUUUGGUGAAGAAGAUCGAAAUCUUAGGCUUAGUCUUUGUACAGAUGGAAUGAACCCAUUUGGGACACUAAGUACCUAAUAUAGCACUUGGCCGAUUCUUCUAACUAUCUACAAUUUUCCUCCUUGGUUAUGCAUGAAGUCUAGAUACAUUAUGUUGUCCCUUCUAAUAUCUGAGCCUAAACAACCUGGAAAUGACAUUGAUGUGUAUCUAGCACCUCUCAUUGAAGAUUUGAAAUUGUUGUGGAAUGAAGGUGUCCAAAUGUUUGAUGCAUAUAGUAAAACCAAUUUCACUUUACGUGCCAUGAUUUUUUUGUACGAUAAAUGACUUCCCAGCUUAUGGGAAUUUGUCGGGGUACACUGUGAAGGGAACAAGUCCUUGCCCCAUUUGUGAAGAUGAUUUGGAGGCAUUGCGCCUAGACAAUUGUGGCAAGCAUGUAUACAUGGAUAAUCGAAGACAUCUUCUAGAAGACCACCCUUUUCGAUUCAAUAAGGAUGCUUUUAACGGAAAAGUGGAGUUGAGAGAAGCUCGUGGCCCUUUACGUGCAAGUGAGGUUUAUCAGCGGGUCAAAGACAUUGAGAAUGAGUUUGGUAAGCCUUACAAAAGCAAAUCAACUGGGGGUUACAAGAAGAAGUCUGAGCUAUGGUCUCUUCCAUAUUGGAGACAUUUGGAAGUUAGACAUUGUCUAGAUGUAAUGCAUAUUGAGAAAAAUGUUUGUAAUGCCAUUGUGGGAACUUUAUUAAAUAUUCCAGGAAAGACAAAGGAUGGAGUUAAAUUAAGAAAAGACAUGGCUGCUAUGGGUCGUUCAGAGUUGGCACCCGAAUCUCGAGGAAAACAAUGGUAUCUUCCCCCAGCUUGCUUUACCUUGUCUGAAAAAGGAAAAAACUAGCUUCUGUGAGUCAUUGCAUGGUUUCAAGGUCCCGGCUGGAUUUUCUUCUAAUUUUCGUAGACUUGUGUUAAUGUCUGACUUGAAAUUGGGUGGCAUGAAAUCUCAUGAUUGUCAUGUCUUGAUGCAACAAUUAUUACUAGUUGCCAUUCGAGGAAUUUUACCACCUCAAGUGAGGUAUACGAUUACAAGAUUAUGUGUCUUUUUUAACAAUAUUUGUAGCAAGGUCAUAAAUCCAAGUAUUUUAGAUGACUUGCAAGCAGAUGUACUUGAGACAAUGUGUUGAUUUGAAAUGUAUUUUCCCCCAUAUUUUUUGACGUGAUGCCUCAUUUGGUUAUUCAUCUUGUACGUGAAAUUAAACUUUGUGGACCAGUGUGUAUGAGAUACAUGUAUCCUUUUGAACGAGAAAUGGGUGACUUAAAGGGAAAAGUCAUGAAUCCGGCCAAACCUGAAGCUAGUAUUGUACAACGAACAGUUGCUGAGGAAGUGACAGCAUGGGUUGCUCAAUAUCUUGCACGUUCACUAGAAAAUUGGGUUGGCAAAGCCAGUCUUUCAACGAAUACCCUCACCAUUUAGGAGCCAAAUCAUAUGGUGAAAUGAAUAUUGUAUGGCGUAGGAAAGGGUAUAUUCCCACGGCAUCUUCAGCAUCUAGUACUUCAUCUUGUUCUUCGGUUGUGUCUAGUUUGCCGGAUAGGACAUAUGUUUGGCUUCUAGCAAGAUCAAUAGAAGAUGAUAAGGGAAAUCCUUAUUUGCCGGAUGAGAAAACAAGAGAGGUGAAAGAAUCCAUUUUAAGAUAAUUGGAGAAAGCAACAAGCUGAUGGAAAAUUUGUUCCUAAUAGGCAUGAUGAUAUCUUAUCUCGUGCCCUUGGGAAAAAAGAUCGUAAUGGUCGGGCAAUAGCAUUUGGCAGUGGAAUUGGCAUUAAAGCUGUAUGGGGAUCCGGAGAGAGGCGUAGUGGCCGACGGGGUAGGGAAUUCGGAGAUGAUGAGCUGGAAGAAUUAGAGGCAAGAGUAGGCGGAGGGUACGAGAGGAGACUAUGCAGGAGAUGGAUUCUAAAAUGGAUUCCAUGGUUCAAGAGAAGUUUAUGUUAUUUUCUAAACAGAUUGGUAUUCAAAUUCCAACUGAAUUGAUGGAAAUGAAUAACAUAGGCCGGACGACUCAAAAAAAAUCCUAGUAGUUGCCAAUCAGUGGGUGAUGAUCCAUUUGCAAACAUACAGGUAUCCAAAACUUUGUUAUUUUAUAUUUUUUAUCUUUUUUUUAAUGGUUUAUGACUGCGACAUACUUUUAACUUUUUAACUCAGUUUUC